AUGGGAGCUGCCAGUACGUACAUGCAGUAGAAGCAGAAAUGAGUGCUGGAGCUAGUAGCAGCAGGGCUACAGAGGUGAUCUCAGAGGCGGUGGAUGGUGAACUAACUCUGCUCCCAGCCAUUUCCUCAGCAAGAAAGAGAUAUGUUACUGUACGUAUGAGACAGCGAAUUAACAACCGGCUAGGGAGCAAGUCUCAACCAGAGCUCAAUCGAAGAAAGGAAUUACGGGUCUCCUCCAAGCUAUGCAGUACUCUGCCUCGACCCACUACUAUAGAGGCGUUUGAGUUGUACAAUGCACGGAAGAGCUACCCCUUCCUGGAAUAUAACGGUCUGCACGACCCUCACCUCAAAUCCUACUUCUACCAGUCACAGAUGAAGGAAAAACUUGUUAAGAACGGAUUUGUCACUCGUGAUAUGUACGUGCUUUGUCGCUCUCUCAAAGACUUCACUGCUCUCCGUGAAUUCCAACAGUCUGAGUUAAUGAAAGAAGGGAGAGAUGCACUCAUUGCAAAAGACAAGAGAAAGAGGACCAUUGCCAGUGCACCCCUGCCGAGGAUACCAAUUAACGCAGAGAGAGAGAAGAAAAGAAAACAGUUCUACAAGCAGCAGCAGGAUAAACUAUACGAACAAGAGACGCACUUGCUUAAGAAGGACAGACAGGCGUACUUUGCUAAAAUAAUGGAAUUGGAGGAGCGUCGGAAGCAGAGAGAGAAGAUUGAUAUGGAAAGAGACGCUGAGAAACAGCGGAGGGAACUGACACAGCUGAGAGAAGAGUUUGAGGAUGAUCGUCAGAGGAGGGGCUGGCUGGAUCAGUUGGAGGAGAAUGAUAGGUUGCGACAGAUAUACCUCACACAGAUGAGGGAAGAGGAUAAGAUGAGACGUCUCAAUGAGUUGGAGAAGUGUUGGCAGAGGUACGAUGAGCAUUCCCGGCAGGUGAAGGAAGAGGAAGAAGCACAGAGAGCCUGGGAUAUGCAAGAAAGAGAGAAGCGGAUAAGAAAGAGAGAGAAAUUCCUCCAAGUUCUCAAAAAGAGGGAUGAAGAGCUCCAAGAAAAACUGCAUGAGGAGAACCACCAACAAGCAGAGCAACUCAAAGAACAGGCCGACUAUCUAGAAAAGAGAAAGCAAAUGGUGGUAGAGAAUGAAGUGUUCAAGUGGAAGGAGGGCUUUCAGAGGAAGCAGGAGAACUGGAGUAACGUUGUCAGCCAACAUAGAGAGGCUAUGAAGAGGAGACAAGAGAAGCAUUUGGAGGAGCUGUUCGACCGCAACCAUCUCCCCUCAGUCACCACACGAUGCACUCGCAAUUUUCGAAAGUUUGGUGGUUCCUCGAGACCAGGUACUAUGGAGAAAUCAUACCCUCCCCAAUCCACUACCGUCAAAACUAGAUUUACUACCAAGCCAAGAGUACAUUUUGUUGAAGCAUCUCUACCUAAUGAGAGUGCUAUGAAGGAUAGUGGUGUGAGACAAUCACGCGGCGAUAAUCAGAUCAUAUCCAAGCAGGAAGAGGCGCGUCCAUUGGAGGGUGGUGGUGGUGCGGAUACAAGCAAGAGAGCUAAUACAGCCGAUCUCGAUCACAACGACUCGUACGAUAUUCAUCUGGAGAGGAGUCGAAAAUGGAGCAAGACCGACAGUGAUGGAAUCCAGCAAAGUGAUCUGUCUCCCGUACUGGAUAAGAAUGGGUGUGCGGGGAGUAAGACAAGCCUUGUCCGAGAUGACGUUAGUUUGCUGAGUCAGCAGAAGAGUACAGCCUCUGAUCUGAUUGGACUCGUACUGGAUAAAGCGACGGUUAAGGUUGCAGAUCGAUAGUGGAGUGGACAAUUGAACAUUGUUUGUGUGUAUUAACUGCUUAUAAUUAUAGGGCGCGUUGUAAUGAUCGGAAUAAUUCAUUUUGAAAGCUUUACACAAUUCC